GUAUCGACACAUAGUCUAGCGUAUGGCGCUGUACCUUCUCCAUGUAUUACAGGUGACGCCUCCACCGACCGGCUUUGGCUGACCGGCCGACCACCUGUGCAGCUUCGUCAACAUUCCGGCCCACCUUAGCAAUUCGUACCUCCUCUCAUCAUCAGGUCCCUGAGAAUUAAUUAGCCUCUUCCGUCGUCUUAGCGGUUCAGGCACAACUCCGGCCAUCAUCCUACAAAUAGCACCCCGAUAUCUCCCCAUUAUCCGAUUCCAGCGACAUGAAUGCUACUAAGCGAAAAUUCAAUGCCCUCCUCCAGGGAAUCGGUGCAAAGCCGCCUGCUCCGCUAUAUGCUACCGACAGCCAGGAGAAGCCAGAUCUUUUCAGCUCCUCGCCCCUGAACCGACCUUCCACUCCGACCUUCUCCCCGCAGCUGGACGAUACCUCCUCUCCGAGCAAAGGCAUGGCCACGACCCCCAGCGACUUCUUGAGCAAACGGCGCCGCGUCGGCCCCGACGCCGCGGUCGAGCCCGAAAAGGGCAGCCCGACUACCGUCUCGAACAUCGUGCUGAGGAAGUGGACGCCAGGCAGCAACGCGGCCGCGCCGAGUCGAGAGACGAUGAAGCUCCAGCCGCCAAAGUAUUGCCCGGGCGACCGCGACGAGCUCAUCAGGCGGCUCGGGACCUUCCAGGAGCUCACGCAGUGGACGCCGAAGCCGGAUAAGAUCAACGAGUUCGAAUGGGCCAAGAGGGGGUGGGUUUGUCGCAGCAAGGACUGCGUGCAGUGCACCCUGUGCCGCAAGGAGCUGAUAGUCAAGACGAGCAAGAGCGAGGAGGACGGCGUCGAGGUGGCGGUCCUGGUCGACUCCGAUAUCGAGAAGGCGUUGGUCAAGCGAUUUGUCGAGAUGAUUGUUGACGCGCACGACGAGGACUGCCUAUGGAGGAAGCGCGGGUGCGACGAUUCUCUACUCAGAUUGCCACUGGCCAGCCCGCCGACGGCUCUAGCCUCGCUGCGUGAGCGAUACGACGACCUACUCGCGCGCGAGUCUUUUCUGCCAUACUUUUUUGACCUGCGGCUACCGACAGAUUUCGAUCUGCAAGCCACCAAAUCCCAGCUGACGCCCACGUUCUUUUCCGACCCCCCACCGCCGAGCACGAAAUCUCCCGCUCCCAACGACGUGGCUCUCGCGCUCGCCUUGGCCGGGUGGCAAGGCCUUACCAACCCACGCAUCGGCGCCGUGCCCAAUUCGGCGACCUGUGCUACCUGCUUACGUCGCCUGGGCUUGUGGAUGUUUAGGAGCAGGGAGGUGGACGAGGCAACGAGGCAGAUCCUCGUCCCGGCGCCGAUGGCCUAUCUCGAUCCGAUACGCGAGCACCGGUUCUUUUGCCCCUGGCGAAACGCCGCCGUGCAGCACAACCCGGGGGCCAAGACGGCAGACAACAAGACGGCGUGGGAGAUCCUCGCACAGACGAUCAAAAACCACGCCUACCUCCAGAGCCAGGCGGAGAAGAGCACGCGCCGCUUCAAGCUGCACCGGCCCGCGAUGUCGCUACCGGCUACUCCAGCCAAAGCAGGGAAGUCUGAGGGAGGGGCCGCCAACUCGCCACUACUCUCGCCGAAUACGGUGGACGGCGGCGGCGGCGGCGACGACGAAGACGCGAGCGCGAGGGACGCUAAGGACAAGGAGAGGUGGGCGCGGCUGAGGAGGGUCAAGAGCCUGUUCAACACCAAGAACAGCAAGAAGUUGCAACGCACGGCGUCCCGGCCCGACAGCACGGCCAGCCGCCCCCCGACGGCGAGCUCGAGGCAGGGGAGCGCGCCGCCGCCGGAGACGCCCAAGUCGUUGAAGACGCCCAAGAAGAAGUGAAGGGGGCGAUGGAGGAGGAGG